UCCCCGCCGGUUCCACUGGCGGAAAACCUCGGAAUCUUCAACUCGGGCACCAGCCCCUCCUCCGUCUUUGUCGUUGAGUUCGAUCCAUACGCCAACGAUCAUUGGGAUCCAAAUUUCCGCCAUGUUGGGAUUGAUCUCGGAUCUAGGGUUUCCAGCAAUACGACGGAGGUCGGUGGCUCCAUAACCGGGCAGCAGGUGGGUUGGCGGACAGAGAAAAAAAUUCUUGAUAGAGGCUGUGACUGCCCGAAUCAACUACGAGGAAGCCACGAAGAUGAUCACCGUUCAUAUCAUUGCAGGCACGAAGAAGUCGGGCUCUCCGCCUCCACCGGAGACAACGUUGCCACCCACGACAUCGUGUCGUGGGAUUUCAGCGCCACCAUGGUGAAUAUGAAGAAGAACAUGGACGUCAUGAUUCGGCAAUACGUGUGAUGUGUAUGUGUGUGUGUGUGUGUUUGUUUUUACCGUGAAUAAGGGCUAGUCUAGCGAUUGAUUUUCUCUCUUGUUAAGUCUAAAAAUAUGAUGUAUGUGAUACAGCUUAAUUACGUGCACAUUAAAUAUCCGCUAAAUAGUAAUUACACUCUAAUUGAGUGCACAUUAAGCCUUUGGAAUA